AUGGCUACAGCAACGUUUCAUAGUAAAUCCACAGCACUUGAUGUUGUUCACAGUUUGAACGUGAACUUAGAUGGUCAGAUUGUUAUUGUUACCGGUGGUACAUCAGGUAUUGGUAUAGAAACAGUACGAGCGUUAGCGUCGACACAUGCACAUGUUAUCAUUACUACACGAGAUCUGACUAAAGGGAAACAGGCGGUAGAAGAUAUGAAAAAGUCAACUGGAAAUAAAUCUAUUGAAGCGAUUGAGUGUGAUUUGACGUCACUUGAAUCAGUUCGUAGUUUUAUUUCUGAAUUUCGUACUCGUCAACUACCAAUCAAAAUUCUCAUCUGUAAUGCAGAAACAAAGGCUUGUCCAUAUUCGAAAACAACCGAUGGUUUCGAAUCACAAUUUGCUGUUAAUCAUCUUGCUCAUUUUUUUCUCACGACAAAUCUUUUGCCAGAACUCGAAGCAGGCAAGCCGUCACGUGUUAUCAUAGUCAGUUCCGUUGCAAAUAAACGUGGUGGUAUCAACUGGUAUGACAUCAAUUGGGACAAGAAGUACGACAAAUGGCUUGCUUAUAGUCAAAGCAAAACUGCUAAUAUUCUUUUUGCUAAGCAACUGGAUAAAUUAUAUGCAUCCAAAGGUAUCCAUGCAUAUUCUGUUCAUCCAGGUGGCAUCAUAACGAAUUUGCGACAGAAUAUACCAGAAAAGGAACAACGAGCGAUGGGUUGGUACAAGGACGAUGGAACAUUAAUUGAAGUUUUUAAAACUGCAGCACAAGCUGCAUCAACAAGUGUCUACGGUGCUUUAGCACCUGAAUUGGAUCAUUUUGGUGGAGAACAUCUGGAAGAUUGUGCGGUUAGUAAAGGUGUCAAUCCAGAUAAAACAGCAUGGGGUAUAGCACCGCAUGCUGCAGACAUGGAAGAAGCCGAGCGUCUAUGGAAGUUAAGUGAACAAAUGGUAGUAUCGAAAAUGCAUGUUUAA